AUGAUGAUGAUAGUGGAAGUAUUUUUAUAAAUUUCUAUUAUUUAGUUCUCUCCUCUAACUUUGGAUACAUUUAGGACUCUUUGGUUCUAUAUCAUUUUAUUUGGUGGAGCCUUUUUGUUUAUAGCAAAUUCUUUAAGAUAAUUCCACAGGUGCUAAAGAGUGCAAAAGUAUCUUUAGUGA